CUUCCCGGAAGGCCGGUGGGCAGCCCGGGCACAUGUGCGGGGCCCAAGGUUGAUGCCCAGGAAUGUGCCCUCCGCGGGCACACGGUCUCCCAGCUCAGGCUGAUGAACGAGCCGGAGGUCUAACAAGAAGAUGAAAACCCCUCCAGCCCUCGCUCUCCUCCUGGUCUCUGCGGUCGGCUCCAGCUCCUCCGAGAACUCCAGCACCUCCCGCGGGUGCGGCCUGGAUCUCCUCCCUCAGUACGUGUCCCUGUGCGACCUGGACGCCAUCUGGGGCAUCGUGGCGGAGGCGGUGGCGGGGGCCGGGGUGCUGACCACCCUACUGCUCAUGUUGAUCCUGCUGGUCCGGCUCCCCUUCAUCAAAGACAAGGAGAAGAAGAGUCCGCUGGGCCUGCACUUCCUGUUCCUGCUGGGGACCCUGGGCCUGUUCGGCCUGACCUUCGCCUUCAUCAUCCAGGAGGACGAGACCAUCUGCACCACCCGCCGGUUUCUGUGGGGGGUCCUCUUUGCUCUGUGCUUCUCGUGCCUCCUGGGCCAGGCCUGGCGGGUCCGGCGGCUGGUCCGCCACGGCAAAGGGCCCUCCGGCUGGCAACUGGCCGGCCUGGCCACCGGCCUCGUGCUCGUCCAGGUCAUCGUCGCCGUGGAGUGGCUGGUCCUGAACGUGGUCCGGGACAAAAAGCGGGCCUGCAGCUACGAGCCCAUAGAUUUCGCCCUGGCCCUGAUCUACGUCAUGGUCUUGAUGGUGGUGAGCCUGGGCCUGUCUCUGUUCACGCUCUGCGGGAAGUUCAAGAAGUGGAAGAAGAACGGGGCGUGCCUCAUCGUCACCACCUUCCUCUCGGUUUUGAUCUGGGUGGCGUGGGUGACUAUGUACCUCUUCGGCAACGAGGAACUGGGCCACCGGGACACGUGGAGUGACCCGACGCUGGCCAUCGCCCUGGUGUCCAGCGGGUGGGUGUUCGUCAUUUUCCACGCCAUCCCCGAAGUUCACUGCACGAUCCUUUCUUCGCCUCAGGAGAACACGCCCAAUUACUUCGAUACGUCGCAGCCCAGGAUGCGGGAGACCGCUUUUGAGGAAGACAUCCAGCUCCCUCGGAGCUAUAUGGAAAACAAAGCUUUUUCGAUGGAUGAACACAAUGCAGCUCUCAGAACUGCUGGAUUUCGCAACGGUAGUUUGGGAAGCCGACCCAGCGCUCCGUUUAGAAGCAACGUUUAUCAGCCAACCGAGAUGGCGGUUGUGUUAAAUGGUGGGACUAUCCCAACCGCUCCGCCAAGUUACACUGGACGACACCUCUGGUGAAAGGCUUUAAGUUCCAGAGAAUAAGAAUCUCUAUUAACAGAUUUUAUUCCCUGGUCAUGUCUUUCUGGGAGAGGAAUCAAUAACAGUAAAGAACAAAGUAGCCUCAUAUCCAGGAGCUUUGAAAUUCCUAGAUGAUGGGGUUUUUAUGUAAAUGUGAACACUGUUGAACUGAUAAGCUAACUCUCCUCUCCCCUUCCCUCCCAUCCCAUCCGAGACACACACACACACACACUCACUCACCCACUCACUCUACCCAAACAACCAAGAAUUCCACAAUCUAAAGCCAAGGUAAUUCAAAGUAGAAUUAGAUGCACUGUAAAAUGGAGUUACAUAGACCGCCUCCUGAAAUGUACAAAUAAAAGCAAAUCAAUAACCAAAAUGCCAAGCAAGUCCGAGGUUGUUUGAUUAUUUGUAAAGGCUCUCUAACUUCAACUUUGGAUUCAGGUUGCCCUCAUGCGAUUUGCCUAUUCAAUUUUGAAAAAGACAUAAUGGGGGUCUUUCUGCUUGUUUGCCACUUUGGUUGGGAAGCCCCGGGGUGGGUUACUGGCACCGAGGCAGGUGGAUCUGGGUGCAAUUGUAAUUAGAACCCGGUGUCUCCUUAAGAGCCAAGAAUAGCAUUUGUGGCAGCCCCCAAGGACCGAACCGCCCCACAUGCUGGAGAAUGGCACAGCCUCUGGUUGCACACAUUCAUCAGUUACCUCGAUGGAGUGAUGGCGAACUUGUAGACUGAGGACCUGUGUUGGGCCAAGGCAGGGCAGAAAGUUAAGCCUCCAAGUUAUCAAAGCCUCCUCUCCCUUUCCCUCCCCCUUCACGGAACCCACCCUAGAACCUCUUGUUCCCAGUCUCCCGGUUUCUUGUUUAAAUUAUUUCCAUCGUGCAAACGGGGCCAUCAGCUCAGAAAUCAGAGGGAGGAACACCAGAAGGCUUUCCACUGAUGACCUCACAUGACGGAGUUCCCAUACGAUGGAUUGAAGGAGCUGCAAUGAGUUCUCUGUUCUCACACUGUUUGCACAUAUUUGAAUGCAGUGAGUGGAAGGUUUUUUUUUGUUUGUUUUUUUUUGGUUUUUCUUGGAGUGGGAAAGAGAGGUUGGUCGGACAUUUUGUCUUUGUUUUCUUCAGAAGAUGUGCAAAAGGUUCUUUUAAAGCCUAUUACUUCUGUCUUGGUUUUCAUCACUUCUAAGCAAAUCAUUCCUUUAUUAUUUAGUGUUUAAUGCAUAUCAGACAUUGAAAGCAUUAGGGUCUCCUCACGGUUUAGCCAACAAAAUUUUUAGCUUUAAACCAAAGUCCUUACUUAAGGAUGUUGAAUCUGUUAUUAAAUGAUAGAUUCUUUUGCAAAUGCUGGGAUGAAGUUAAAAACUCCCUUUUCUUGUUAAAAAAAAAAUCCCUCACCCUAAAAAGAAAAUGGAAAAGGCAUGCGUCUGGUGGUAAAAUGGCCAUUGGCCUUAUAAUCGAACAUAUCCUUGUUGAAUGCCUUCUCAAGUCCCUAGUUUAGCUGACAGUCUCCCUCCUUUCUCUCUUCCAAAUGAGCUGGGCUGCAGGGAAAUGAAAGAAGUAUUGCCAUUCUUGCCAUGAUCAUCUUCCAAGUUUGUGUGUCUGUCCAUUCAUUUUCCUCUUGUAGCUAUGCAUGGGGGAAAGCAUGGCUAUCAAAACAAUCCCACCCCCAUACCCAUCCACUGCCCCGGCUCGGGAGCAUGAACUUGCUUUCAAUAACCAACUUUGGAUCCUGGGUGGGUAUCUUUGUAUGUGUGUGUGCGGUUUAUUGAAUGGGUUGAAAAUUCUGGGAUUUGGGUAAGGAGGGGGAAAAUCAGGCAGAAGUGGAGAAAAAGAAUAGAGGCUGAGUGGGAUCCUGCAUGCGGACCUAAUAUUCUACAAAUGUCAUCGGUACCUGCAUCAGUCUAAUCCUAUUAAAAAUCACAACAUUACACAUUCUUGUGCUAGGAAACGGUUGCUUACCCCAGCUCCAUGAAGUCAUUUGGAGUUCUAGAAUGCCACGGGUGAUAUUGGCCGGCAAAAUUCUCCUCAAAACUCUGUAUCGUGAAAAAUGUGUAAGAUGAUCAUGGCUUAAAUGGCAGGGCUGGUUUCUCUAAGUAGAUGGGGCAGAUGGAAAGCUUUAUUCACCUCCAGAAAAGAACUGAAUUUUACAUGAGGCCAAAGCAACUCUCUCCAUGGGAUCGAUAUUUUGGAAGGGUUUUUAUGGUUCUGUUCAGUUUUGUUGUUGUGAACGGGGUUACUGACAAAGCCACUACAGUUGAGGGGAGGAGGAAUGAUAAUAGCAUGAGAAUUGUUAUCCCAGAAACUAGCACGAAGCUUGAAGUUUUUUUGCCAAAUGAUAGCCUGUGGUGAUGUCACCUGCCCCGAAGUGUGAAGAAAGUGUGCUGAUUGAUAUUUCUGUUUGUGUAAAAGAAAAAUGUUUACCACUGCCUUUGGUUCAAAUGACCUGGAAAGUAGAGCAUCUGUGAUCAGCAUACGUUAUUGUAAGCACAAAUCUGUCAGCAUUGUUAUUAGCAAAUUGCUUUCACCUGCUUUAUAAAAGCCACCAUGUCCCUUUUCGAUGGAAAACUGACUUCCUUCCGGCUUUCUGUGUGAGGAAACAAGUUUCAGAGAUCCUGCAGAACUUUCGAACUUUAUUAUGAAGUACUUGCAGGGUUCUAGUUGGUGUCUGAGCUGUAGUUUGCAAAAAGGAAAUCUAAGCACGGAUUUCAUGUACACACAACUUGUCUGUAGAAAAUGGGCCCAGCUGAAGGUCCUAGAAGCAGGCGGAAGCAGGCAUCACCUCGGUUGGUGAGAAAGGGAGCAUUGUAGCUUUUAUAAAAAAAGUGGUUUGAAUAUUCUACCAGCUUAAAGGAUUACCCAGCAGGUGCUUUUUAUUGAUGAGAGCUGAGGCUCAUUUUUGAUAGAUUAUAUAUAUAUUUAUUAAAUGUAUUAGUGUUUUAUAAAUGUUCCCUCUCCACCCCUCCUCCCCCUCAUCCCAGCUGAUUAUUGCAAACUGAGAACAUCGUUAUAAGGAUUUUCCAGACAAUCAAUGUGUACCAUAAAUGACUGUAAAUAUAAGACUACAAAUUAAGACGGUUGUAAAGCAUGGGCAGAUGUUUUAUUUUCAAGCUGUUCUUAACAAAAAAUAAAGGCUUUACUAUUUACUUA